AUGCCAGAUACCGGUGGGUUUGUAGAUGAAAAGAAUGAGAGCAGAUUAUAUGUUGGAAACCUGGAUCUUAGGAUAAACGAGGCUGCAUUGCUCAAAAUGUUUUCUCCAUAUGGGAAGAUCAUAUCAGAAGACUUCCUUUGGCACACACGCGGACCAAAGAAAGGAGAACCACGUGGGUAUGCUUUCGUUCAGUACAGCCGUAAAGAGGAAGCUGAAGUAGCAGUAGAGAAGAUGCAUGGGAGAUUAGCUUGUGGUAGGCCUUUGGUGGUUCGUUUUGCUAGUGAGAAGCAUCUAGAAGAGUCUUCUUAUGAUCACUCCAAAAGAUUAUUACUACCGGAAGCAAACAGAACCAGGUUUGUAACUGGAAGCAGCUCAGGACAAAUGAGCCGUGAUGAAAAAGUAGCUGCCAUUAAAAACAAACUCAAAGCUUUGGAGGAAGAUGAGAAACGAGAUCCCAAGAAACAGAAGAGAUAA